AUGUCAAAGCUAAAUCCCAAAUCAUUGCAUGUGACAACUGUACUAGGGCAAAAUGAAGCAACCGACACAUUCGAGCGAGCGUCUAUGAGAAAAGACAAGAUGCCUGAUAAGCAAGUCGUUGAAAGACUAUUUGAAAAGCUCCUAUCUAUAAGGGCAUUUCCAGAGAAGGCCAAGGCGAGUUUGCGGAAUCAAUCAACAGAGCGAAAAUGGGACCUCCUUCUAACGGAGAACGAAACAAAUAGCUCCUUCGAUUUGAAGAAAAUGUCGCUCGCUUCCGUGUCGACACCAACAUUGAUCGGAAAUGACGAAAGUGGUGCCUCCAAAUCUAAAGAGUCCUCCCCCGCCCCCGCCACCGCCCCGAAAGCAGUACUUGAUGGGCUUCUACCGCUGUUGAAGCCAAAAAAGUCGUCUCACAAUUUGAAAGAGCAACAGCGCAAUCGUCAACCUAUGAUAAGCGAGGGCUUGCCCAGCUGGUUUGUGUGGAAGCUUUUGAACAAAGACAUUGAUCUUCAAAACUUGGUGAAGUUGGAACGGCACUUAACUGAGAACAAAUUGCUUGAGGGGAAUAUCACAUGGACCCAGAAUUUUCUAUCUAUACAGGGUGAGACUGCUUUGGCGGUGAAUUUAUCCCUGGUUGGUAAAAAGGUUAUUAAAUCGAACAAUGAAUAUAACUACGAAUACCUUCUUGUCAAGUGUUUGAAAAGUGCGUUAGAGCAUCAAUCUUAUCUCCAACACUCUGGACACGACAAUGGUUCUGCCAUUAGCAAAAGCGUGAUUUUAUCAUCACUCAUGGGUGCACUAACGUCCACCCGAAUGAGCACAAGGUUUUUAGUUACGGAAAUCUUGGUCAUUUUGAUGAAGAGCGGGUUGAAGGAACUACGCGAUGACAUUGUUGAUCACUUGCGAAGCUUGAGGUUUAAUGAUAAAAAUCUCAUAAGUUUUGAAGCUUGGCUAGAUGUCUUUGGGAGCUCAUUGAGAACGGCGAGCUGGGGUAGUAAAAUAAGCGACCAUUCAUACUUGAAAAACUACAUUACAAUUACACUAAUCUUGAUCAAUGUCGUUGUGCAAACAGCUGGACCAGCACGUAAGAGAAUUGCAAUCAGAAAAGAGUUGGAAGUAUCUCACCUACUUUCGAUAUUUGACACUAUUAGACAGUUUGAAGAUGAUAGGAUUCACCAUGAACUACAAAAGUAUGAAAAAUUGGCUAAAGAUGAUGAGCAACAAAAGAGGAUGAGAGAAAGUAAGAUCUUACCCCAAGUUCCCAUCGCCGAUGAAGAAUCAGAAUCAGAAUCAAAAUCAAAAUCAAAAUCAUUACUAAGGAGUUCCAUUGCUAUCUCUAGUGAACAAGACGAGUUAGCCAAAUAUGGUCUUUUUGGGUCUCAAAAGAGAAAAUUACGGACAAGCCAUUCUAAUAUCGGCUCUUAUGCAGCUGAGCAGCAAUAUUUACCAAAAGGGGAAGAAACAACUAUUGCAAAAGAAGCUUAUCUGAAGAUUUUAGCGCUCGAGAGUAUGCUGGAUUCAAAUGGAUUGAUAAACAAAGUAUUAGUACUCCUAGAUCGCUUGAUUGAAAAUGGCGCCAAUCUACUGUCCGAUCUGAAUGAGAAUGAUUCAUUUUCCUCCGUAACAUUGGAACGAUUGAUAGAUUCGUUAGCAUCUGACGCUGUUGCUAGGGCUGCCAUUGCGGAAACCCGUACACUAAAGAGAGAAUUGAAACGACAAAGACAGUUGAAUGAGUCACUCCUAAGAAAUUCUGACUUGGUGAAUAAAGCAAACUUGCCAGCGGAAAAUGAGGCACAUUUACAAGAGAUAAAGUCACUCGGAAGUCAAAUCAGCUUGCUACAAAGACAAAUAAAGCAACUUGAGCAGGACAAAGCCAAAACUUUGAGGAAUCGAAACAAAGGUCAUCACUCCUUUGAAGACCUUAGCAAUCGAGAAGAUAGCGAUGUCGAUAUUGGUGGGCAAAAAGAUAGUCCAUUUUCGACGGACAACAAGACAGAGAGUAUAUCUGGGGAAGUUUCCUCUACUCGAAAGUUUAAGAGUGGACCACCUACACCACCACUCUUGUAUUCACGACCAGUUCAAAAACCAAAUAACAACAUUAUUUCUAGUACUCCCGCUACCAAUGGCAACGUGGAACAACAACUUGAAGAGCAAGUUGGCGCACAAAAUACUGAAUAUCGGGUUGUUAAUCCGCCACAGUCGCAUAUACCAGGGGCACCCCCUCCUCCCCCUUUACCCUCAUUUUUGGAUGGGCUUGGGAUUGCAAGUACUAACCUGCCUUCUAAUACGGGCUCGAACAACAUACCACGACCUCCCCCUCCACCCCUUCCACCAUUUAUGCUGAAUCUGCAAGCAAAAGAGACGUUGCCAAGUUUGGGCAGCAAUCCCACGUCAACACCACCGCCACCACCGCCUCCUCCGCCUCCUCCGCCACCAGCUCCUCUGCUUCCCGGAUCUACAUUUGCUUCGAGAAAUGUGUCGACAUCAACAGUAUCACCAGAUAAUACUCGCAUAUCCUCGCCCUUGCCGGCUCCACCUCCACCACCACAUCCAGCCGACCUUUUUGCUAAACUGAAUACUGCGGCCAGGUCUUUGGACAAAAAUAGUGGAGGGAUCAGUACUAGCCUCUCCGAACCAGUCUUUGUUCCUGUCAAGCCCAAAGUGAAACUAAAACAAUUGCAUUGGAAUAAAAUCAACGAUAUUGAAAACACAUUUUGGAGCGAAGCUGAUGAUCCUUCAAUCGCAGACAAACUUGCUUUUGAAGGGGUGUUUAAUGAGAUUGAGAGAGUGUUUGUGGCGUCUCAACCACUGAAGAAUGCGUCUGAUAUAGCAAAGUCCAGAAAACCAAACUCCGACGCCAAAGCUGCAAAAGUUUCUUUUCUCUCUAGAGAUUUGGCGCAACAGUUUGGUAUAAAUUUGCACAUGUUUGCUGGAGUGCCAGAAGAAGCUUUAGUUUUGAAAAUUUUGCGGUGCAGCCCGGAGAUCUUGGAAAAUAUCAGUGUUGUGGAAUUUUUCAACAACGACGCCUUACUUGAGAUUAGCGAUAGUAUGGCAAAGAAUUUCUUGCCUUAUUCAAGUGAUCCACGUACGCGCAAGAAACCGCAAAAAGAUCCCAAUGUUCUUGAUAGACCCGACAGAUUGUAUCUUGAAUUGUGUUUUAAUCUCAAACAUUAUUGGCGUGCCAGAUCGAAAGCAUUGUUAUUCACUCAGUCAUACAGUAGGGAGUUUCAUCAUUUGAAAGAAAAGUUGGAUUUAAUCGACCAAGGGAUUUCAAGUGUGAAGGACUCAAAGGGGCUCAAAGGUGUAUUGAAUUUGUUGAAGAUUAUGGGUAAUUUUAUGAAUGAACACACCAAACAAGCUCGUGGGUUCAAGUUGGAUUCUUUAGAAAGACUCAAGUAUAUGAAAGACGAACUGAAUUCAAUGAGCUUUCUCCAUUACAUUGAAAAGAUUAUUCGACAAUCCUUUUCGGAGUAUGGGUCUUUUGUUGAUGAUUUGGAGCCGUUGACGGAGAUUCAAAAUGUGUCAAUUGAACAAUUGGAAGUUGAUUGUAAGGCAAUGGAUAAAGAGGUGGAUAUCGUUAACAACUCUCUAGAAAAGGGCAAAUUGAGUAGAGAAAAGGAUUUGCAUCCUUGCGAUCGGAUAAGAGAGACCAUUGCACAGCCAAUGCAAAAUGCAACUAGCAGGAAUUCACUUGUGCAAUCUCGUAUGAAACGAACUUUGUCGAGCUUCAAGUCAUUGAUGGUAUACUUUGGAGAAGAUCCAAAUGAUUCAAAAGCCAAAGAUACAUUUUUCCAAAAGAUUGCCACUUUUGUUGCUGAAUUCAAAAAGACUCAUGUAGACAACAUCCAAAGAGAAGAAGAGCAACGAGUAUAUGAAGCUAGAAAGAGGAAAAUUGAGAAUGAGUCUGCAAAUAAAACCCCACCUGAAGAUGCCGAUGAAAAGAAUUUUGUUGACAGUGUUGAAGAAUCGUCGGCAGUUAUUGAUUCGUUAUUGGAGAGAUUGAGAUCUGCUUCUGACCAUUCAAAAAUCCUCAGAGAGAAUCGAAAAGGCAAGUUGUCAACUAAUCCACCUGAUAGUGAAGUCUCACCUGUUGAAUUGGAAGCGGUUACCGGGGCGGAGUAUGAAUACGAAAGUGUUAGCAAUCUCAAGCAAAGAUUGACAAGAAGGAAAAGUACACUUGGAUUGGCCUCAGCAAAUAAGGAGAGUAGUGCUUCAAGGGCACAGGUGAUGUUGCAUCAGUUGAGAACAACUGACGACCUUACACUGGUGAUACCCAACGACGAAGGAAAUAAGGAGAACAUGGUUGGUAUAGAAAAGGAAUAG